AUGGAAGACCGUUUAGUAUCCCUGCUUCUCCCUCAGCCUGUUCCUUCCAAGCUGGCGGACAAGCAGAAUGCUCGUCCUACAGCCCUUACCCUCGACGCACAAACCAUCACAGAAAGAGACACUGAUCCUUCGCUGAACAGAGCGAUGUUUCCUUGGUCAGACCAGACCCUCCGGAAGAGGCUGAGAAAGAGAAGGAAGUUGCAGCAAGAAGAGGAGAUACUGGACAGCUGGAGUCAAGACGUGUGCAGCGGGGAGGAGCUGCCGGAGGUAGAGAUUAUUAGUCUUCUCGAAGAACAGAUCCCUAAGUACAAACUCAGAGCUGAUACUCUCACAUCGUUUUCAGGUUAUGAGAACGAUGAUUGGUAUUGCCCCUCAUUGAAGCCUGAAGACGUAUCACCCCUCACUCCUGAACAGAUUCGGGAAACGCUUAACUAUUUCUGUGAGUACCAUUAA